ACUUAUGCCCGCAAUAAAACGCGCGGGCGCGCGCGCCGUCACACCACUGUUGGGUUCGCGCCGCGGACAGUCGGCAGGUAGGGUCUGGGAACUGACAGGCAGCUGGUCCACGGUAGCUUGGUAGUGGUACAAGAGCUAGGCGAGAUUGCCGUGGACGACGCGUCUCGAGUGACCAGGACACACAGACACACGAGUGUUGCGGCAACCAGCAUGUGGACCGCAGCGGCAGCGAUCUCUGUGCUGGCGUGCGCCCUCCUUUGCGGAGCGGGACACGCCUUCCCCGUGGGAGGAGACAUCUCGGACACAAACGCAAUGAUAUACUUAUCGCAGUUCGGGUACAUCAACAAGAGUCUUAGCCAAUUCAGCUCUGGCUACUUCAACAGGGAUCAACUCUCUACGGCCAUCGCAGACUUCCAGUCAUUCGCUGGACUGAACAUAACUGGCGAGCUGGACGAGGAGACGAAGGCGACGAUGAGCCUGCCGCGGUGCGGAGUCAAGGACCGCAUCGGAUACGGCGCCAGCUCGCGCAGCAAGCGCUACGCCCUCCAAGGAAGCCGGUGGCGUGUCAAGAGCCUGAAGUACCGCAUCUCCAAGUACCCGAGCAACCUGAACCACGGCAAGGUUGACCGCGAGCUGGCCAGGGCGUUCGGCGUGUGGUCCGACUACACCGACCUGACCUUCACGCAGGUGAAGAGCGGCUCGGAACAGGUGCACAUCGACAUCCGCUUCGAGAAGGGCGAGCACGGUGACGGAGACCCGUUCGAUGGGCCCGGAGGCACCCUGGCCCACGCCUACUUCCCCGUCUACGGCGGAGACGCGCACUUCGACGACGCCGAGCACUGGACCAUCGACAGCUACAGAGGCACUAACCUUUUCCAAGUGGCGGCCCACGAAUUCGGCCAUUCCUUGGGGCUGUCGCAUUCGGACGUCAAGACCGCCCUGAUGGCACCUUUCUACCGAGGAUACGAGCCAUCAUUUACGUUGGACGCUGAUGACAUCUUGGGUAUCCAGAAACUGUACGGCAAGAAGACUCGCAGCUCCGGAGGCAGCAGCGGUGACGGCAGCAGCAGCGGCUCGGACAACACCCCCAAGCUGCCCAAGGUGCCCACCGCCCCCGGCAGCGGCGGCACGCUCUGCAAGAACGCCUCCGUGGACACCAUCUUCCGCGCCGAGGAGGACACGCACUACGUCUUCAAGGGCGACCUCUACUGGAAGCUGACGGACGACGGCGUCGCGGCGGGCUACCCGCGCAAGAUCUCCGACUCGUGGCAGGGGCUGCCCGGGGACAUUGACGCCGCCUUCACCUACCGCAACGGCAAGACGUACUUCUUCAAGGGGCCCCACUACUGGCGCUACGUGGGCAAGCGGAUGGACGGCGACUACCCCAAGCUCAUCUCGGAGGGCUUCACCGGCAUCCCCGACAACAUCGAUGCCGCCGUCGUCUGGACCGGCAACGGCAAGAUCUACUUCUACAAGGGAACCAAGUUCUGGAAGUUCGACCCGGCCCAGAGGCCCCCCGUGAAGAGCAUCUACCCAAAGCCCAUCUCCAACUGGGAGGGCAUCCCCAACAACAUCGACACCGCCACCGUCUACCACGGAUACACCUAUUUCUUCAAGAACGGACAGUACUGGCGGUUUGACGACAGAUCCUUUGCGGUGGACAACGCCAACCCCAAGUUCCCGAGGCCGACGUCGAAGUGGUGGUUCGGCUGCAAAGGUGAAUUAGUAGAUGGGAACAACAGAGUGGGGGGUGAGGAGCGGCCGCAGUCGGAGCGCGACAGCGAAGUGGGGGACAGCGACUUAGACGCAGACGCAACUUAUGCAGGACUGGAACGCCCUGUUGUUAAGUAAAGAAAUUCUCAGUGCCAUGAAAAUAACAUCGACUGAACAUUUGCAAGCGUUUGGCGCUAACAAAGAGAUGCAAAACGGGAAGUGAGAGACAGAGACAGACAGACAGAGAGGGGGUUGUUCGAGAGGACCGCUGGCGGUCCUUUCGCUUUUAAUGAGAGUCACGAGUCAUGUGUUGUGAUCGUGUGUCAUACGCAGACGAUAGCAACGUGGAGCCACCACGGGACACCAGGGCCAACCUUGGUAACCAGGCAGCGACGAAGGCGCCCCUGCCGGUCUUUGUGGCAAUCACGGCGACGGCAGCGCUCCUCGCGGCGAUGCCCGGACAUCUGCUGACGCACUAGCACACCUCGGCUGCACAUUGCCAGUUGCACAGACGUCACGGAUUGCACGACAACUGUCUCUCUACCACUGCACCAUCACCACCACACGAUACCCUCCCUCUCCUCUCACUAGUCUGUAAGUUAAUUUAUUUACAACAUCUUUCUUGCGCCAACAAGAAGUCGGCUGUGAACUACGAAGUUUGUUCUCAGUUCAGCAUGACGAAGGAUCGUCAUGCUUUGAGAUGGCCACGACUGAAGAUAAAGACUUGGUAACCCUCUCGGGGUAAGGUGUAAAGAGUCACUGAUUUUGUAAGUGUAAAAGGCGUCGAGCAUGUUGUGUCGGUUCUGAGCACGUUAUGUAACUAUCACAAUGCACCUGGAGUGGAUCUGGAUACUUAGUAGAUGGGCGAUGAAGUGAGUCGAGGAGUUAAACGAACAGCUUCCGAACAGAGAGGCAACAAACAUUUAUUUUACUAGAUAAAUAUGACAAUAUUUCAAUACAAACUGCUUCAUUUUAUAUUAACAUGGAUGUAGAUGAUAUUCGGCACUAAUUAUUCCAAUGCAUAUCAUGGAAGGCUCCUCGACUUACUUGAUUCGCUGCAGAUUUUUCAAGUUGUUGCCCAUAAAAGAUGAAAAUAAUGCACUGACCCGUCACAUCUGUAAAUGAUCACAACUGAAACUACUAACGCAUGCUGGAGACAAGACUAAGUACAAAAUUCUCCGUCCCAGAAAAAUCCUGUGCCUCAUAACUAUCACUUUUGUAAUAUACUGAAUGGAUCCUUACUUAUUUCAGACACGGAUCAGGAGAUUACUCAUCUCAUAAGUCUGCUGCUGCGGACGUUACAGAGUUAGAAAAGUCAAAUCCGGUAAAUGUAGAGAAGAAGGACCAUUUCGAAAUUCUCAGGAAGAUUUUUAAUACUACAGUGGUUAUUGUAAACUUUGUAUGAGUUAAGUAAUUUCGAGAAAAAAAUAUAUAAACUGGUUUCUGAAUAUUUAAGUUCUGCGGAACAGAAAAUCUUCACAGUUGUGCCUUAAUCAUUCCAUGACGCUUUGUAGCGCGAGAAUUCAUGUUUAUAGUCCAGCAAUGUCUGUUCAAGCUAGUCACGAAGCGAAUAGCGUGAAGGAUCAGUGCAAACACAAAUGUUUACUUUAUGUUUUUCCCAAAGAACAGUAUAUUAUAUAUAUUUCAACAGUAUGAGCAGAGCUCGCGCGCUGUCUGGUUUUAAUAUGUUUGAAGUUGUUGUAGGGAAUAUGAAAAAUGCUUACUCAGUGAGGAAGACAGCGUAAGUACGUGUAUGAAGAGUGCUCAGUUCCAUACCGGUAAUUCUCAGUCGGAUUCUAAGAAGCACAACAUGCUCCUAUAAGGGACGAUGAAGGGGUUUUUAAGUGCGCUACUCAGGAUUGAGGUAGCAGUGCCUCUGGAAACUCAGGGGGAAACAUAUUAACUUGGGAGAAUAGCCAGAUGUGCCUUUGCUUGUCUCCUCUUCAGAGAGAGGCGAAAGCGGUCGUUGAAUAAUGGAGAGUGUUUGUAGUUAUGUCGCCUCUAUGUUUCAAUGCAGCUCGUCGGCCAACAAUGUUCACAUAGUCACCAGGAUACUCCACGCAACAGUUUUAAAUCAAUAGGGCAGCAUAUAAAAUAUUUUGCUCUCAAGUGCAAAAGCUUUGCGCAUCUCUGGAGAACGUAUUCUUAUGUCUAAGGCGAUUAAAUCAGUGGUAACCUUACAGAACAAAUAACAUAAAAUUAACAAUAGGGACUUCCAUAAUUUUGUCCCUUCUGAGACAAUAAAAAGUGGGGAAAACAUGCCUGGUGAGAAAGUGGACAAAGUUUGCUCUGCAUUCCAUCCAAACAUAUGAAAUGAAAUAUACCACGAACUGUGAUUAUUUUUGUAUAUAUAUAUAUAUUAUGUAUAUGUUUGUGUGAAUGUGUUUUGUAUAUUGUAAUGUUAUGAUUGGGCAGGGUCGGACAGUGACAUAGUGUUUGGACUAGAUCUCGGGGGCGGUAACUAAGGCAAUGUCUCCAGAUGGACGUUUUCUGAGGAGUCCUCUUACAGGGAGAUUCCAGAUGUUGAACAUUGUUCUUGUGACAGGCCAUAGUCCCACUUCGCCAGCCGGGGUUUGCAGCUCUGCCACUGUCCAGCCCUGCAUUUGAGAGCAUUGUUUAUGUAUAUGUUCAUGUGUAUAACCUCUGUGCUGAAUGCACAUGUUCCUAGAAGUUGCGCCGACAACAUGUCCUGUGUGCAUCUGACACUACCACUCCACCAGCGCGUGUGGGCUCUGGACUGCAACAACGCCGUUGCCAACAAAGCAACAUUUGCCAACAAAGCAAUAUUUACGAAUAGGGCGGCAAAUGAAUAAAUCUGACUGUAUGUAAUGUCUGUAAAGUUGGUAGUAGAGCACAAAAGUUGAAAAGCAAUAGUAAACCCAUGUUUAAAAACAGUGUUUUAGAUUUCAUUUUUAGCGAACAGCUGUACACCGAACAUGUUGUCUGAAACACAAUAAACCAAGGUACAGUAUUAUCACUGUGCCAGAUUAUGCCUGACACAAUAAUGCGAUGAACGUUUUUAUUGUGAAAAUGUCAUUCAUUAAAAAGUUAUGUACAUUAUAAAAUAUAAUAAAAUAUUUUGUUAAAAAUUUUAAUAA